AUUUACUGGAAAUCAGCUCUCUCACCCCCAAUGAGGUCCGCAAAACCAAAUAUCUCGUUACAAAAGCUCGUCCAAGUAGAAGUCGUUGACCAGCAUAUAGAAAUGGAUGGAGAGAUAGAAAGCCAGAAGAGAAGGGGAAGGAGCAACGAUGAUUUAAUAACUGAACAGUCUGGGUCUUUGGGCUGUAUCGGAUCGUUUCUGGUGAUCCUCUCUGGCCUGUUCACCAUUCUCCUCUUCCCUGUGACCAUCUGGUUUUGUUUCAGGAUCGUUCAGGAGUAUGAACGCGCCGUCAUUUUCCGGCUGGGCCGUAUCAUGGACCGAAAAGCCAAAGGGCCUGGAAUCUUCUUCAUCCUGCCCUGCACUGAUUCCAUCAUCAAAGUGGACCUGAGGACGGUCUCGUUCGACAUCCCACCUCAGGAGAUCCUCACCAAGGACUCGGUGACCGUCAGCGUGGACGGGGUGGUGUACUUCCGCGUCAGCGACCCCAUCUCCUCCGUGGCCAACGUGUCCAACGCAGACCUCUCCACCCGCCUGUUGGCCCAGACCACGCUCAGAAACGUGCUGGGAACCAAGAACCUGGCCGAGCUGCUGUCCGACCGCGAGGGCAUCUCCCACAGCAUGCAGAGUAGCCUAGACGAGGCCACAGACCCCUGGGGCAUCAAGGUGGAGCGGGUGGAGAUUAAGGACGUCAAGCUCCCCCAUCAGCUGCAGAGAGCGAUGGCAGCAGAAGCCGAAGCCACGCGCGAAGCCAGGGCAAAGGUGAUUGCGGCCGAGGGUGAGAUGAACGCGUCCCGCGCGCUGAAGGAGGCGGCGCUGGUUAUCGGAGAGGCGCCGGCGGCUCUGCAGCUGCGCUACCUGCAGACCCUCAACACCAUCGCUGCGGAGAAGAACUCCACCAUCAUCUUCCCCCUGCCCAUGGACCUUAUCAGCCACUUCAUCAAGAAGUGAGCCGUCCAGCUGCCAUCCGCACAGUCCAACCUCUCAUCUCUCGUUUAGUCCAGUUGUAUAGGAUUGUACAAUGUACUACACUAUAGUGCAGUAUAGAGUCACUGUGAAUGGCUUUUUUUUUGGUCGGUGUGCAUCAGGCUUUGUAGGCCACACCUACCUUACUCAGACCACGCCAAACACAAACGCAUUUUAAAUUAACCGUCGCUUACCUGUUACGAACAUUCACUUAACCCUUUUCUACAUAGCAUCUAAUCAGCCAUCUUUAAUGUAAACCUUUUUUAAUGUUGAUGCUGUGAACUCAUUUAAAGUGGCUGACAAGAUGGGAAUUAGAAUGUCAGGAAGGGUUAUCAAAAUAUUUAUACUGUCGUCAUGGUAACAUGUUUGGAUGACCCUCUGUCUCACCAACAUGGUUUAAUAUUUUAUCAAUCAGUGCAAUAUUGGCUCAUCGGCAGGGGUGGACUGGCCAUCUGGCAUACCGGGCAUCGUCCCGGUGGGCCGUUGACCCAAUGUGGGCCCGGUCCGGUCCGCUAUGUUUUGUUUUUUUCUCUCUCUCUAAAUUUCCUCCAAUUAGGCUGGCCAAUUGGCUACAGAGGGCUAGCAGUGUGUUGCCAGCAUCGACACAUAUUAUUGGUCUAUGUUUGUCAUUGUCAAUCAAUCAUGGGCUGACAGGCUCAGAGAGCCCUGACAGUGCUGUCAAUCACAACACAAACCAGGGUGGGCGGGACCUCAUGGCAUGGGCCGGAAUCGUGAGAGUCCGUGACUCCCACGAGUAAGUAAUUCAUGUCUUAGACUUUUUCUCGCAGCUACAGAUAAAAAAAUGUUAUUCUCUAUUUAUGGUUUCACAAUGACUUAGUCACAGUUUAAACAAAUGUGUUUCAGCUCUAAAGCUGCUACUGUCUGUAAUAUGUUUCUAUUUAGAUUAUUUGUCAGGAUAUUUUGUUAUUAUUGUCCGAGUCUGGUUUUAACUAAUGCUGGGCUUACACAAAAAUAUUUUCCCAUUCACAGACUAAAAACUGCAAGAGAGAAAUUAGCGUUGGAUCAAGUGUGAUAUUUAACAAGCGUUUUGUAGCUAUGUAGAUAUGGGGGAUGGAGAUGCAGCGACCACAGGAUAUCCGUUAACUUCCUGUUCAGGUUUCACACCUUUCUUGUCAACAGCACAAGAGACACAAAUAGCAAUUUGCACUGCUAUUUGCAGUGCAAAUAGCAGGAUGUAUGUACUUGAUUAAAUCGUUUUAAUAAAGUACAUACAGGGUUCUUCCCGUUCGUCUCGUCCCACCCCUAGUGCUGAUAAUGUAGUGGGCUGGUCUGGACAGAAAAUGCCAGGGCUGAAUUUUUGUCCCAGUCCACCCCUGCUCAUCGGGGUAUCAGAGCGAGCAAAACAAAUGUCAGAUGUAUGGAAAAUAUCAAGUUAUUUGUUUGCAUUUUAUCAUUAUACACAUUAUUGCCUUUCAGUUCUUUACUGUUCUUCAGAAAAAUUGCUGCUCUCUAUUUUAAUAAAAUAUUUUAAGUGUAAUACACAUAUGAUUUAAUAAAGUUACACAUCAAACGUUAUGAAUCUCAUCCAUCCCUUGGUGACGUUGAACCCUAUUGUUUCAUUAAUGACACACAUUUAGGGACCAGCCCUCCAUGGGCCCCCAAGUAUGUACUGUACAAUAUUCAACAGCAGGGUUUUAUGUGUGACCAAUUUGACAAAAUGCUGUCGCCCAUGUAGCUCAACAGAGCACAACAAAAAAGGGAAAUCGCACAUGAAAUGAAGUUGAACGUAAUUAAUUGUAUUAAAAACAUAAUCACAAAUCAAUGAAACAAUAUAAAUGGAGGUGUGUAAGUGAAGAGGCGGUAGUGGGUGAUGUUUGGUUGGGUUCAACCACAGUCACCCCAGCAUGAGUCACUGCAUUUUCUGAAACGUUCCAAAGGAAGUGGGCGCAACGUGCACCAAUUUAAGUCCCAGCAUAGGACCUGGUUUACAAAACAGCUCAGGUGGAAUCAGGUCAACAGUAGUCAGCUUUACCAUUGAUUCACUUGAAGCCUUGAUCCAAUAGGUCAUAGAUGCCAUUAAUGGGCAGGUGGUUUAGACAUCUUGCUCAGGAAUGCCUCCAGAUAGACUGCUGACGUUAGGAUUGGAACCCACAACCUUUGGCUGGUAGUCCCAGCACCAUGAGCACUGGGCUGCCAUAGCUUCCACUUACUUUACACCAGCAGCACUUUAGUGCAUACAUUUCUGGCAUCGUACCAACUGGUUGACAUGAGUAUUUCAGAGUGUGGUGUCAUCUAGCCAGUGUGGAUCUCUGCUGAUAUAAACAAUAACAGGAAGUGUGGUAGGAUGUUGGGUACGAAUACCCGAGUGCGGACAGAGUCCCAGUGGAGAAGCUAUACCGCCCCAGUGAUGGUCGCCUCGACGACGCCUGUUCCAAAGUCCACUUCCUCGGCCGUCAGACUGUAUCUGUCCUCUUCCCUGUUCUGUGGGAGGCCUUUUAGAACGCUGCAAAACAAAUGAUGUGUCGGUCCUGUACCACAAACUAUGUAACAUUAUAUUAUUUUUUUCAUCCAUUCAAACUUUGAAGUGCAGGAUUACUCUGCAACCAAUUUGUUUACCUAUUUAUGAUGUAGCUUUAAUCCAAAGCAGUUUUUCAGAGAUUUUAUAUGAGAUACAGGUAGGGUGAGGCCUGUUGUUCAAGCAUGCCAGCUACAUAUUAGAAUCACAAAUCAGACUUUAGAUUGAUCUAAUGUCAGAGUGGGACGUUUCACUCUUUUACGUAUUGUUGCGUUUUUUCUGAAGAAAGUAGUCCAAUCCUUGGUUGCUUUUAACUUCACUUUUUAUUUGUUAAAGUAGGCUUAUUUCGGUAUGGUAUCUAUGAAGCAAAAGGGAGGGAAUUGUAUCUAACGGGUAUUGAAAAUAAUAUCGUGCACUACUUCGAGUCCCGGGCCUAUGAGAUUCAUAACGUUUGAUGUGUAACUUUAUAUAUACCUCUCAAUCUGAAUUCCCGCUGUGAUCGUUAAGUGGGCGUGGCCUAUGUGAAUUGGGCGUGGCCGGUGUGACGUAAUGGCUCCGCCAUCCUCACCUGUCUAAAGGUGCUGCCAUCUGUGGCUGGAGUAGUUAUUGCAGCUUAUGUGUUCGAUCCUGCUUCCUAGUGGCUAUGUGGGGGCAGCUUGUGUGCUUAAAAUACGUAACCGUAUUCAUAUUUUUUCAUAUUUGUGUACUUGCGCACAAUGACUCAUAACACGAUCGCUGAUCGAUUGAAAUGUCGUCCAAUCAAAAACAACGAGUUGACUCACCCAAUCAGUAGGGCCGGGAUAACUGUGAGGAGGGAGGCGAGGAGGAAGCUGAAUCCGGAGAACCAGGUCACUGUGGCUGCGUAGGUGCUGUUGAACACCACAAGUGCCACGCACGCACUCAACAUCUCAAGGAACACCACACACGCAAACACGGCACCUUUGGAAAUGAGACACCCACACAGACACAUUUGGUCCUGUUUUUGUUUGAGUCAAGUGUGUGUGUGUGUGUGUGUGGGGGGGGGGAGAGAGAGAGAGAGAGAGGAAGUCUGAUGCUGUGGUAACCCUUGUGUCAGCCACUAAUCUGCUGCCUCAACCCAGUCUCACAGCAUUUCAUCUAUUCAUUCGGGCAAUUUUUACGUGCCAAAAGCACACAUUUCUAACAAUAUGACAGCUUUUGGCCAUCCAUUUCUACUUUCACCUUUGAUUCUGAGAAAUUGGGACAAUUCACGGAUAUAUUUAAUGCAGGUGCGCUGCUCUGUAGGCAAACCGCGACAGAAAAAAAAGGUAGCUGCUUCAUCUCUUCUUUUUAGAAUGAGUUUUAAAUGUGUGCUUUUGGCACGACAAAAUUGAAACUACGUGUCCCAGAUCACGAAUGAAUAGUUUAAAUGACGUGACGUGACAGUGUCACGUAUUUCCGUGAGACUUGGUUGGAUGCCUAUGGAUGCAUUGGACUGGAGAAAGCUGUUAGUAUG